CGCAAAAUGCCAAAACGAAAGCAAUAGUCCUUCGGGACUGAAAUCCCUUUGGACUAAUAAAGUUUUAAACUUUCUCUUUUAACUUCACCAGUUAAAAUCAAGUUUUCUGUUCUCUAUUGUUUAUGUUUUGUUUCCGUUUAACUGCGAAUUAACCGCGGAAAAGAUGUUUUGAUUUGAAAUGAAAUAUUCUUAGCGAGCUUUGUUGAAAUGGAUUUACCUCAACCGCCUGUUGAUCAAGAGCUGAAAAACAUUAUUGACAAACUCGCACAGUUUGUUGCUCGCAAUGGUCCUGAGUUUGAGCAUAUGACAAAGCAAAAACAAAAGGAUAAUCCAAAGUUUUCAUUUCUGUUUGGUGGGAGUUACUUUCACUAUUACCAGUAUCGUGUGACAACAGAGCAAGCAAUUUUGAAGCAAAAACAGAGGAGUCUGGAACAACAAGCGAUUGUUCAGCAAGCAAUCAACCGCCAGUCUUUACAAACUGCUCCUUGGCAACAGCAUCUUCAUCAGCUUCAAGACACAUCUCAAGAACAAAUUAGGCAAAGUGAGCAAAAUCUAGCAGCACAGCAUCAACUUCUUUUGCAGCAGCAGCAAGUUCAAGUAGAUGAAGUUAUUCGCAAAGCUCAGGAUGAAAAACUUUCUAAAUUAGCGAAUGAGAAUGAACUGGACCUAAAAGAAUUAGAUAGUGUUUUGCAACCUAUUAUUGAUAGUUGCACCAAAGAUUCAAUAUCGAAUGGAAAAGGGUGGAUUUUUGCUCAUGCGACCAACUAUCCGCGUUCAGAAGUUGUUAUCCUGUAUAUUUUAAAAAAAGUUACUGACCCAGGAGCAACUUUUGAAGCCAAGCUUCGACUUGUUUAUCUAAUAAAUGAUGUUCUGCAUCACUGUAUUCGCAAGAAUGCAGAUGAUUUGAAAAAAAUACUGGAUCGGGCUGUGGUCCCUAUAUUUUGCUCUACCAGCAUUGGCGUAGAUGCUGAAAAACAACAAAAGUUGUCAAAAUUGCAUAAGCUAUGGGAAACAAACAAAUAUUUUUCUCAAGAGGUGUUAGAUCAACUUCAAAAUCCUGCUGCAUCAUUGGCUGCUUAUCAGGCUGGUUUGAUUGCGGAAUAUGCAAGCUUAAUCACACCCAUUACAACUGCAAUUCAGGCUCAAUAUUCUCUUCUUCAAAAACAGCAUCAAGAUUUUGUUGCUCAUUUAACUGGGCAAAUGCACCAAAUGCAGAUUCCUGUUCCAUAUGCAUUCCAGUCACCCCCAAAUGUGAUGCUGCCAGCACAGCAAGCCAUGGCUGCUGCACCAUAUCUGCAUCCUCCCCGACCUGCAUAUGAGCAGCCAAGCUUACCUCCUAUGCAACAACCACAUCAAGAUCCCAGAAUGCAAAUGGCCCAGGUUGCUGAGGAGGCUCCAAAACCUGGCCCAGAUAUGGCUCCAAUGAGGCCAUUAGAGGCACAAGACACAGAGCAGAAAGAGAAGGAACAACUUACUGAAGCUGAUGCUAGGCCACCAGAAGAAUGUCCACCUGAAGGCAGAAAUGCAGAUGGAUUGCCUUCAGAUAGACCACCUGAACAGUCAUCAUCAGUACCACCUAGUCAUCCUCAUGACUUUCCUCCAUCUGAAAUGUGUGAAACGGGUUAUGGACAUCCAGAUUUGCCUCCACGCCAUCCAAAUGGCCGCCCAAUGGGACCAGGUCGCUAUAUGGAUGAUUACUCACCUCAUUAUGGUCAUCCUCCACCCCCAGCCUAUGCUGCAGAGCCUCCUGAAUAUGGAAUGACACCUCCUCAUGUAAAUAAUUAUGGUCGCCCUAUGCCUUUCAGAGACGUACCUCCCAUGGGUAUCGGUCCUCAAGAUGUUCCACCAGAAUACAUGGAACCUGCUAUUCCACCAUGUGCACCUCCAUACUAUGAUCUUCCAGCUGGUUUAAUGGUACCUUUAGUCAGAUUAGAGGACACAGAUUAUGAUAAACCUCUGGAUCCAGAUGAUGUUCGUCUACCACCACCAGCAUUACCAACAGAACGGCUUCUUGCUGCUGUUGAACAAUUCUACUGUCCGCCUACUCAUGAAAGAGCUCGAAAUAAUGCAUAUGUUAUAUCCAGUGAAGGGUGGGAACAGUUAGGUCUAUAUGAAUUUUUCAAGGCCAAAGCUCAAGCAAAAAAACAGAAAGGUCUUUCAAAUGAUGAUCGUGACUAUGGAACUUCUAUGGACCUACCAGCAUUGCAAGGAUUCUCGGAAAAAAAGCCACAACGUAGAAGAUAUCGAGAAAUAAAAAGUCCUGAAACAGAAACGCCAGCACCUGUUAAGAAUGGCAGUAAAGGGAAAAGACGGUCACGUUCCAUAUCCAGGUCUAGGUCAAGGUCACCAGAUGCUCCUCCACGGCGUUCAUCCCGAUCACCAUCCCCCCAGAGACCUCACUUUCAGAGAUCUAGAGUUCGUUCAAGGUCGCGAUCACCCGUUGAUAAAGGGCGUUCUCCAGAACGUAGUCCUUCUCCACCUUCAUUUAUGGGUUCUGGGUCAUCUAAUUCCCAUGAUCGUCGUCUUGAUGAGAGUAAUAAAGGGCACCAACUUCUUAAGAAAAUGGGUUGGUCUGGUGCAGGCCUUGGUGCUGCAGAGCAAGGUAUUCAAGAUCCAGUAGAUGCUGGUGAUGUGAGAGAUCGGCAAGAUAUGUACAAAGGUAUAGGUGUAAAUCUCAAUGAUCCAUAUGAGAACUUUCGUAAAAGCAAAGGCCAAGCUUUUAUCAAUCGCAUGAAAGCCCGUGCGGAAGAGCUCGGAAAGAUAUGAUCAGAUCUUUGGUUUUAUUUUACAAUAAAUAAUGUCAUUUAUUAUUCUGUGUUUUGAUUAUGGUCUUUAUGAAAAAGUCAAUUGUAAUUCUUCACCUUAAUGCUGAAGGGACAAUAAUUGAACUUAAAAGGAUGUACGACCUUUUUUAGAAAUAGAUGAUAUUUACAUAAUAUAUGUUUUGAUAUAUUAAAUAUAAAAGAGCAUUUUUAUGUAAAAAAAAGUGCUCUUAUUAUGCACAUGUUA